AUGUUGAAAGUAUCACUAAGACAACAAUUGCGUCGACAAAUCAGACUCAACUCGUCAACGACUCUUCCUAGGGAUACAGUGACAGUAAUACCAACUGUGUAUGAAUUGACUGAAGGAAAAGAUGUCACACCUGAAACGAGUCCAGAUACAUCGUUAGUCAGCUACUUACAGUCAAGACAUCUAAUUGAGUCAUUGACCGAUGAUAAAUUGUUCAACAUAACCAAAAGAGAUAACAAUGGAAACUUUAAGUUAUACUGUGGUGCCGAUCCAACAGCACCAAGCUUACAUUUAGGUAAUUUAUUGCCAUUGAUGGUUCUACUACAUUUUAAACUCAGCGGAAGUAAUGUAUAUGGUUUAGUAGGAGGUGCAACCGGUCAGGUUGGUGACCCUAGUGGGAGAUCCACCGAAAGAAGUGUGUUGAAUGUAAAUGAAGUUGAGAGUAAUGUCGGCAGGAUACAGAAGCAAAUUACAUCUUUUCUAUCCAAUGGUAUUGAGUAUGCCAAAUCAAGACAAUUUCCAAUGAACAAAAGUAUUGGCCAAAGCAAUAGCGUCAACAAUGAAACGUGGUGGAAAGAUGUUAAAAUGUUGGACUUUUUGGCCACUUAUGGACGCCACAUCAGAGUCAGUGCAAUGUUGGCUAGAGAUUCAAUCCUGUCAAGAUUAGAAGGCGGUGGGAUUGGAUUUAAUGAAUUUACCUAUCAAAUUCUACAAGCAUAUGACUUUUACCACUUGUACAAGAAUGAAGGUGUCAACAUUCAAGUUGGUGGUAAUGACCAAUGGGGAAAUAUCACUGCUGGUAUUGAUCUUAUUUCACGUUUGCGAAAGCAGGACGAAAAGACACGCGAAGCAUUUGGAGUCACCGUUCCGUUGUUGACCACUCCUUCGGGUGAGAAAUUUGGAAAAUCUGCAGGAAAUGCCGUUUUUAUCGACCCUCAUUUGACAACUCCGUAUCAGUUGUACCAAUUUUUCAUCAAUGUACCCGACGACAUGGUUAGCAAAUUGCUCAAAGUGUUUACAUUAUUACCAUUGAAUGUCAUCGAAGGUGAACUUGUUCCCAAGCAUCAAAGUGAUCCUGGUUUGCGUAUAGCCCAAAGGGUGUUGGCUAGAGAAGUUGUCGACUUAGUACACGGGGUAGGUGUUGGAGACGAGAUGGCAUAUAUUACAGGAUUUUUGUUCCCAACUCCCGACCAGCCUUUUAACGACCAUGUUAAUGCUGAUAAAUUGAUUGAAAACUUUAAAAGAUCUGGUAUAUUGUACAAGUUCCCGUUGAGUAAAUGCAAUGACAUAAAGUUGAGUGCUUUGAUUGCCAAUAUCACCGGGAAAUCAAAGAGUGAGGUUAGAAGAUUGAUCAAGUCAGGUGGUGUGUAUUUAGGCUUGGAUAGAAACCAAGUGGAAGACCCUGAUGAUGUUGUAUUGUUUGACAAAGAUCAUCAUUUGGUAGAUGGCAGGUUGAUGUUGUUGAGGAUUGGAAAACAGCAUUACUACGUUGUGGAGUUUGUAUAG